UCGGGCGACGCCGCGCUCGGUUAACGUCGGCUCUUUUCGGCUCUUUCCGACGCGCUCCGUCCCCUCUGUCCCCUUUGCUCUCGGGCGACUCUGCCUUCGGCAAACAUCGGCCGUCUCCGCCGAGCCCAACGCCCUUCAGUCUCUCCCUUCGGCAAACGUCGGCUUGUUCCGUAACUCUUCCCCCUUCCUCCCCCCUCCGGCCGGCCGGCCCGCCUCGUCCUCCUCUCCCGAACGCUACCUGUCUUCGGAAAACAUCGGUUAUUUCCGUAGAGAGGCUUUCACGCUCCCGUCAGGAAGGCUGCUGCUGAGAGGAGUCCUCAGGAAGCCGUUGGAGAGUUCAGAGACAGGAGCAGAGGAUGACGCAGCAGGGAGCUGUUCUUCAAGGUUACAACAACGAGCUCGUCAAGUGUAUUGAAGACUUGUGUAUGCAAAAAGAGGAGCUGAACAAACAGAUCCAGCAAGCAGAAGAGGAAAAAAGUAAACUCCAGCAUGAAAUUCAAGUUCUGAAUGAACAGUUGGAGUGCGUGUGUGAAAACCUGGCUCAGAAGGUAGCUUCGCGAAAUGAGCUUGAUAAAAUUCUUGCUGAAACUGAAGCUGCUUACAUGAAGAUUUUGGAUAGUUCCAGAACUUUGCUUAAUGUCCUGAAGAAGGAAGUGGGAAGCUUAAAGCAUACACCAGAACUGAAAAGUAAUGUAACCUGAAGCUGUCAAAUGUCUGGACUUGGCAAUUCUAAAAUCCCACUAGGUGAGAUGUGGUCAGGCACAGAACCCUACAACAGCAGUAUAAGCUGAAGGGGCUUUCUUCCAACCUUUCCACAUUUCCAUGAUUUUUAAAUGCAUUAGAAAAACUGUAGAUAAAACAAAUGAAAUAAAGUUACUGUUUUCUUAUUAAAAAAUUAAUAAUAAUCUUAUAUAAUUUCUUAAAUCACUGCAAAACUAUAUUGUAGAUGCAUAACUGAACUAGAUUUCAGGCUGUCGGUUUUGAUGUAGUGAUGCUUCAAGGCCCUUCUGAAAAACAGGAAAAAUGUUUUACUGGUUAGCUUUUGGAUGGUUACUGUGGAAUGCCUGUUUGAUAGAAUAUGACUUUAAAUCUGGACAGAAUGCUUGCAUUUUUUCCAUUGCUCUUUUAGUUGCAUCAUGGCUUCUCUGAAAUCCUGCUGCCUUUCUUCCGUAUGCUUUCUUUUCCCCUACAUCCAUGUCUAGAAAGAAGACCACUGUAGUGAAUGAAAGUAGCUCAGGCACUAGUGCUUCUUGCUUUACUGUUGGGGACCAAAUAGGAAUUAGCUAUUUAGCCUUCUCCUUAAGAAGCCUGGAGUCAUCUCUGUGAUACGUUUACAGCUCCUGUUCACAAUCAUCUCUUAGCUGGAGUUUUGGAGGGAUAAUUUGAGGAAAACAUGAUUUAAGCAGGGUACAAAAGCUUAAACUGUAAGACUGUGUCAGGUUUAUGUAUUUUCUGAAGCUGUACUCUAAAGCCUUGAUUAGAAAGAAGUUAUGCUAUGGUGAGAGAUGGAUUUGAGUGCAAGUGGGAGGCAUGCCCUUGCAGGGCACAGUGCUGCAGGGAGCUGUACCAUAUAAAUGAGGACCAACUAAUAUUGGAGUAAGGCUGGAAAGAAUAGUGAACAACCUGGAAUGGAGAGAAAUAAAUGCACGUGAAGGGUCAGAAUUAGAUUAGUAGUAAACAUGCAGCUGUUAGACAUUCUUGUAGGUGAGAUUAAAUAGAACCAAAGUCAGAGAAUAGAGAGGAGGUAAGAAUAUAGCAGAAAUCUCUGUCUUGUUUCCAUUUCUGGUACUUACUGAAUACGUGUGCACAUGCAUUUUGUCCUGCUCAUUCAUGUAUUACAGCAGCAGCUUUAUGUUUAAAUCAAGCCUUCAUAACAAUUCGCUAAA